AUGCGAUGCGAUGAGCUAAAUGAAAUUUUACCUUGUAUCUACUUACUACAACAAGAGCUCAUCGCUAGCGAAAAGGACAAAUCUAGAGCGUUUUUAGUCAAUAUGAGCGACGAUGAUGGUAUGCUGUUGAAUUUCUCCACUAAUGAAAGUGGUGCUGGUGAUUCUAAGCCUUCUUCUACCAAGGUUACCGGUGGGAGAUGGAAGGACCGCCGUAAGAUGAAGAUGAUGAUGGAGGGACGUCCUAAUAAGAAACGUAAGAUAAAUCAACCUGCUGCUACUGCUGAUGCUGAUGCUGAUGCUUCUGGUAAGGGUGGUAAUACGGAUGACGCUAAUAAUGCAAAAGAAUCUACUGGUGAGAAAGUAGUUGAGUUCAGGAAUAGCGGUAAAUCAAACAAUGCCAACAGUAACAAUGGUCAAGUGGUUUCCUCGCUUUUCACUUCUAACCGUGAGAUCUCGACUGCUGUAAAUACCAAUGAACGUGAUGAUUCUACUGAACAAGCGCCAUCCAACGCACCUUUGUCUGGAGAUUCCUUUGAAGAUCUUGGUAUUAAAGGAGCGUUAUUAUCACAUUUGAAGGAGAAAAUGAAGAUUCAAAAGCCUACGAGUAUUCAGAAAUUGGUGCUAUCACAUCUGCUGUCUCAAUGGACAGGUCAAAAUGAUGAUCUUUUCAUCAAUGCGCAGACGGGUUCAGGUAAGACUCUGGCCUUCUUGUUACCCAUAUUUGCGAGAAUUUUGGAUAUGCAGACCAGAGUUGACCGUAAGUCUGGAUGCUUUGCCCUUAUAGUGGCCCCUACCCGUGAACUUGCAUCUCAAAUUUAUUCGGUAGCCUCAAUGAUUAGCAAUUGUUGUCACUAUUUGGUCCCCUGUCUAUUAAUUGGUGGCGAGCGUAAGAAAUCUGAAAAGGCAAGAUUACGCAAAGGUUGUAACUUUAUUGUUGGUACACCAGGUCGUGUCUUAGACCAUCUUCAAAAUACAAAAGUGAUUCGUGAACAAUUCUCCCAGUCUUUGAGAUAUGUGGUCUUGGAUGAGGGUGAUAAAUUGAUGGAACUUGGAUUUGAAGAGACAAUUACUGAAAUCUUGAAAAUUGUACACGAUUUUCCAUUGGACAACAGUAUUUUCCCAUCGCUACCAUCUAGAAUCGUACACGUAUUGUGUAGUGCCACUUUGAAAGGUGGUGUUAAGAAAUUGGGAGAUGUUGCUCUUCAAAAUUACAAGCUUUUGAGUAACCGCCAGAUCGAAGGUAGUUCAACUGCAAGUGAAGUUCCUGAUCAGUUAUUGCAAAAGAUUGCUAUUGUACCGCCCAAAUUGAGACUCGUGACUCUGGCAGGUUCAUUAGAUACAAUUACAAAGUCCCAUAAAGGAUCUGAAUCUACCUGUAGAACCAUGGUAUUUUUAUCAUGUUCUGAUAGUGUAGAGUUCCAUUUCCAAGCUUUCUCUUCUAGUGAUGAACACCAUCGUAAUUUAGUUGGUGAUACGGUGCGGUUGUUAACUAAGGGUAAUAGAAUUUUACCAAGUUUCACGGCCGGUGGUGAUCCUGAAACCAUCUUUUACAAACUACAUGGUUCAUUGUCUCAACCAAUGCGUACUGCUACCUUAGAACAUUUUUCUCGUGAUGAUGAGGCUAGUAAGGGCAAGCACAAGAUCAUGUUCUGUACCGAUGUGGCUAGUAGAGGUCUUGAUUUGCCCCAUGUGGGUACAGUUAUUGAAGUAGAUCCACCAUUUUCCACCGAGGACCAUUUGCAUAGAAUUGGCCGUACCGCUCGUGCUGGUCAGAGUGGAGAGGCUCUAUUGUUUCUUCUACCUGGUGAAGAGGAAGGAUAUUUGGAUUGUAUUAAAAGGUUCCAUCCUAAAGGUUGGAAAUUGCUAAAAUAUGACAAAGAUAUUCUUCAACCCGUUUUCCAAUCCAUGAGCGUGAAUAGAAGUGAUAGGGAAGGUAAAUCUAAAAAAGAAGAGGAUCCAUGGGAUAGUAAUGUUACCACAUGGCAUCUAAAUGUGGAAAGAAGAAUGCUGGAAGAUCAAACUCUAAAGUCAAUUGCAGUUAAGGGUUUCACCAGCCACAUCAGAGCCUAUGCUACGCAUAUUGCAGCUGAAAAACCCUUCUUCAACGUGAAAUGUCUACAUUUGGGACAUUUAGCCAAGAGUUUUGCCUUAAGAGAACGUCCCAAGAGCUUGGCUCAACAGAGCUCCAAAGAUGGCGCCAAACAAACCGCCGAAAACAAGAAGAACACUGCUAAAAUGGGCUCUAAGGAUAAAAUGUUUCAUAUGGCCAGGCUGGCUGUUAAACAGAGUGCCAGCGAGUUCAACUAUUAG